AUGAAAGUUUUUUUGGCAGUUUUUUUUCUAAUUACCCGCGUUCCAUCUCGAUCCACACAACUCGCAGUCUCUCUCUCUCUUCUCCUCCUUCUCCUCCCACGCACAUCUUGGGUUUCAUCUUUUCCCUUUUCUGUUUUGGUUGUUAUUCGUUUUUCUUUCUUUCGCUUUCCCUAUCCGCUUUCAUUAUUUUCUUCUUUUCUUCAUUUACUCUUUUCCUUUCAUUUGGAUUGUCUUUCUUUCUCUUUUUCUUUCUUUCAUUGUUUCUUUUACUUUUCCUUUUCUUUCUUUUUUUCCCCUUUGUUUAUCCUUCUUCAGUUUUUCUUUCUUCUUUCGGUUCUUGCUCCUCAUCAAUUCCCAUCUUUCUCAAAUACCCUCCUCUUUUUCUAUGAACACCAAACCCUUUUUUCCUCCUAUUUUCUUUUCAUUUCGACGCAACCUCCGUUUGCCUAUCUAUCUAUCUAUCUAUCUAUCUAUCUAUCUAUCUAUCUAUCUAUCUAUCUACGCAAUUGCCGGAAACAAACAAGAACAAUUGCCAACCGUUGUCGCUUGGCAGAGAAACGAGUUGAUUCCCGGGAUUCCCCAAUGAGGGAUGACAGAUGCCUGACUGGAGGAUUGGUUGAAUGGAAAGCUGAAGAAAAUAUGUGUCAUUCAAAAUCCCCUUCGAAUUGUCAGAAGUCCUGUGAUGAAUCUGAUAAUUCUUCAAAUGAUUUGGAUCGGAAAUCACUUAAACGCUGCAGUCCACUACGUGAAUCUCGGUUGAAUAAUAUAAUUGACCAAUUGCGAACAACACGAGAGAAGGAAGGCCUGCCUUCCAGUGAUGAAGAUGACAAUCGUAUGCGAUCAAAGAAAUACAGUGACCUUACAUUAACGAAUGGGCAUAGUGAAUCCUCAGAAAAUAUCAAUGGCUCAUCUCCAAAUCAGAAAAAUGGAUCUUUUGAAAAUCACGUUAAUGAUGAAAAUCAGUCUUUGACAAAUGGCCAUGAGUUGGCUGUCACGAACCGUUCGUCACUUCCAGAAGAUGUGAGUGGAAAACGUGCAAAACUUGAACUCGAUGCUAUCGAAAAAGAUGCUAUGAAGGAAGAGAUGAAUGAUACGAACGAGACAAGCAAGAAAUGUGCUGAUGAUGUGACGAAAAAUUCCGAAGAAGAAGAAGCAUCUCAUCCAACUGAACACGAAAGAUCAGAAUCUGGUAGUGAUGCUGAAGCUGAUGACGAGGUGGAUGUUACGUCAAAUGAUGACGAAGAUAGCGAGACAAAGGCUUCGACCCGACUUAAACAAGAAGAAGUGACAGAUAAGGACACUAAACAGGAAGAAAAGGAUAAAUCAGUCUGCCAGGUUAGCUCUCCAAAAGUUGAACAGGCAGACACUGCAGGCAGCAAGACAGUUGCCGCCAAUGGUGACGAGUAUCCUGCUUCUCUUCGAGAUGAUGUCGGAGAAUGUAAGCAGCGUUUGGGGGUUGAAGAAUGUGAGGCAUGCGAUGCUGCUAUGAAAAUGAAAGCCGAAGCCAACGCCAAGGCAGCAAUGAUGCUUAUGGCUGGUUCCGAGGUGAAAAAUACGGCCAAGUUUGUCAAAGAAGAGCGUGAAGCAAAGAGCUCUCCUCUCACAAACUGUAAGACAGCUACAGAAGCUCACCAGCAGGGUUGCGAUUCCAAUGAGGAAAGGUCUGAUAUUGCGCAGAAAAUCUACCGAGAGGUGAGUGAGCAAAAACGAUGCCAAGAUAUUAUCAAUCAUUCACUUCCGCAACGAAAUAUUGCUGAAGAAAUCUAUCGUGAGUGCAGAGAAAACAAAUCUCUGGACCCACCCUCACACAACAACAACAACAACAACAGUAGUCACAACAACAACAACCAUAAAGAUGUAAAACUUUCACCAAGUAACAUUUACGGCAACAAGCAUGUCAGCUCACCACCAAGAAACAUUGCAGAAGAGAUCUACUUACAGACAAAAUCAGAAUCGCUUCUUCGAGAAUGUAAAGGCGAUUGUAAAAAAGAGGUCUGCUGCAACUUGGCCUAUAAGGAGUCAUCCCCAUAUGCCCGAAAUAUUGCCCAGGAGAUCUAUCGUGAAGGUCACGAGAAACGUCAAACGGAAGAAAAUUUACUUCAGCAUCAUCGAAAGAUUGCACAAGAAAUCUACCGAGAGCAAAAAGUAGAUGACAACUAUCACCACCAUACGCACAGUCAGCACCAUUCACCCAAGGAUAAUAACAAUGCACGUCGGGAUAUUGCCCAGGAGAUUUACCGUGAAGUACGCGGCGAGCAUUUCCAUGGACAAAGCAAGGUCAAUUCAGUGGCCUAUACUCACAAAAAUAACUCAUCUGUUGAGUCAAGUAAAGACAGACAACGAGACCCUUUAACUGUACGUGAUUUACCAACAUCCAAGCCAGAAAAACAGCGAGACGCUAUUGGCAGCAAAGAGACUCACAACCAUCACCACCAUCAUCAUCAUCAUCAUAAAGACAGACAAAGGGAUGUGAGCAAAGAUAAACAUUCACCAACCGAAUCGUCACCCAAAAUCAAAACGAAUGGAAUUGAGAGUAAGGAAGAUAAGCGAAGCCGGUCUUCAAGUCCAUCACGUGAAGCGAAAGAAAAAGAGAAAGAAAAUGGAAAAUACAGUGAUUUUAUGAGACUUUUGGCAGCAAGCCAUCUUCAACCCAAAUUGCUUCCACAUAUUAAUGGAUAUGAACAAUAUCUGCACCGUUUCCGGCCAGCCGAGGCUGCUGCUGCUGCUUUGCACCCAGGAUUUUCUCCUUUACUUCAAAACUGUAUGUUGUAUGGACACCCUGCUUUUCUGCAACGAGAGCCAUGCUUCUUUCCCCAGGCACUUCAGCUUGCUAGCCUUCAAGGCCUACAAGGACACCAGUUCAUAUCUCCGUUUGUCUACCCUCCUCGUAUUCCUCUGGAAGCUCCUCGUAUGUUAGAACUCUUUCGUCCAAUGCCAUAUAUGCCUGAGAGUUUGCUGACCCACUGUACAACGUCGACGCCGAAUUCAGCAACAUCUCCGACAACACACUGUGUGCCAUCUACGGCCGCAACUGGCCACACAAACACCUCAUCCUCAUCUUCGACCCACACUCCUACUUCUACUUCAUCUUCCUCCUCCUCUUCCUCCUCCUCCUCCUCCUCCUCUUCUUCUUCAACAACCUCCAAUUCGACGAUAUCAUCGUCCGGUGCGCACAAGCGGUCCUCAUCAUCCGAUGUUGAUAAGGCCCUUGAUCUGUCAACAAAACGCAUAAAGCUUGAUUAUCACAACCACCACCAUCAUCCCUCCGGCUUUCGACUUAAUGGUAACAGCAGCAGUAGCAGCACGAAUAUGUCGAACAGCAAAGACAAAAAACUUUCAAGUUCAAGCAGCAGCAAAGCUUCGUCCUUAGGUUUAAACGGUAUUAACAUGGCUGGACUUAACGGAAAUGUCUCUGGGAAACUGGAUACUUCUAAAUCAUCCAAGCACAACGAAGGACUUCUCUCAAAAACCCAUACCUAUGCUGACUUGAGUCACGGUUGCACAUGCACGUUUAAAAAGGGCAUUGUUCCUCGGUAUAUCCACCAGUGGACAGUGAAUGAGGUGUGCCAGUUCAUAUCACAAUUAGACGGCUGCUCAGAAUAUACAGAAAUUUUCCGAGAAAACCAAGUCACGGGAAAAAUGCUUCUGGCUCUGAAUUGUGAACAUCUUAGGAGCAGUUUAGGCAUGAAAAUCGCUGCAGCUUUACUUCUCACAGAAGCAGUUGCUAUGCAACAGAAAAAAGAAACUGCUUACAAGAUGUGCAACUAUUGUCAGCAAACUGCAAAGGAAGUAAUCGUCUCUUCAUAG